AUGGAGUCCUCACGUAGAGGAGGUUUGGCAGGUGGACUAGUCCUAGGUGCUGUGUUCGAGUGGAGCUGUAACUGUGAACAAUGUUGUGGCAGUGCAUGUCGUGCGACAACUGAUGGAAUUCACUGGGCCACCUGUGAAGAGGAACCAAUCGACACAGAACUAACAGUCUCGAAACUCCAACCGGAUUGUGACUACGAGUUCCGUGUUGCUGCUAUCAACUCCGCUGGAACAGGAGAGUUUUCACAACCCUCUGAGCCAUACUCGCCUGAAAAGGCUGCAGAAUCUGCAAAACCGGUUCUCGUUAGACCGCUAGAGAACGCUGCCGUCUCAGUGAACACACCGGUAGACCUGAGCUGCGACUUCAAGUUGGGUGAACCCAAAGCCACGGUUACCUGUGGCGCCAAGUGCACAACCAGUCAGCCGAAUGACCGCCAUGCAACCCUUCGUAUCUCACGUUGUCAGUUUGAGGAUGCGGGUGUAUUCACCUGUCGUGCAGAAAACGCUGCCGGCUCUGUGGAAACUACCUGCCGAGUGCGAGUCCUACAGAAGCCGACGCUGCGACUGGCGCUGCCACGUGGCGCCUCCGAAAAGGUCACCGGAAGC